AGGGGCUGUCCUUUUGUAUUCAAAUCCGACAAUCGCAAGACCCUUCAGAUGGCGCCAGUUCAACCACGCGUCAAAAAGACCCCCAGGACUUGGGAUUCGUUGAACCAGAGUCUCCCUCCAUGGAUCCUCGACUAUCUUCAGACGUCUGGCUUCGAGCAGCCGACGCCAGUGCAGAAGUCGACACUCGAUCUUUUCAGGGGGAACAAGGAUGUCGUCGUGGAAGCUGUCACCGGUAGUGGCAAGACGCUGGCUUAUUUGAUUCCAGUGGUCGAGAAACUCUUGCGCGGAGACGAAGCAGCCAAGAGGCACCAUGUCCAAGGCAUCAUCAUUGCGCCCACCCGCGAGCUGGCGCAACAGAUCUACAACGUUUGCGUCAGCCUCAUCAAGUUCCACCCUCAGUCGGCCGAGCAGCUGCAACAUGACCGAGACGAGAAGCGAACCAUCACAUCCGAACCGGUCGUCUACCCCCAGCUUCUGGUGGGAGGAACGACAAAAGCGGCCGAAGACCUAAGCGCAUUCCUGAGGUUAUCACCAAACCUUCUCAUCGGCACACCCGGCCGACUCGCCGAGCUCCUCGCCUCCCCUUAUGUCAAGGCCCCCGCCUCCACCUUUGAAGUCCUCGUCAUGGACGAAGCCGACCGUUUGCUGGACCUUGGUUUCUCCCAAGAACUCAACCGCAUCCUCGGCUACCUCCCCAAGCAGCGCCGCACAGGCUUGUUCAGCGCCUCCCUCAGCGACGCCGUAGAGCGCCUCGUCACAGUCGGCUUACUAUACCCCCACCGCAUCACCGUCCGGGUACGAAACCUCAGAGACGGCGGCGAAAUCCAAGAGCGCAAGACCCCAAUGUCCCUCCAAAUGUCGUACCUCAUCACCCCCGCCAGUCAAAAAAUCCCGGCGCUCUGCCAGAUCCUCGAAAAACUCAACCCCCGCCCGGCACGAUCCAUCGUCUUUUUCUCUACCUGCUUCGCGGUAAAAUACUUUGCCAAGGUCCUCCACGGCGUUCUCCCAGAAGGCUUCAGCAUUGUCUCACUCCACGGCAAACUCGAGCCCCAAGUCCGCGAAAAGAACUUUGAGCGCUUCGUCAACUCGACCUCCCCAUCCAUCCUCUUGACCACCGACAUCGCCGCCCGCGGUCUGGACAUUCCACAAGUCGACUUGGUAGUCCAGCAUGACCCACCGACAGACACAAAGGUGUUCAUCCACCGCUGCGGCCGUGCCGGUCGCGCCGGACGUCGCGGUUUGGCGGUGGUGUUGCUCCAACCAGGUCGUGAGGAAGGUUAUCUCCAACUGCUGGAAGUGAGACAAACGCCAUGCACACCGUUGGAAAGACCCGAAAUUGUUCUUUCUGAAGAGAAAGCCAAGGAGAUCUCGACAAAAGUAAGGAAACAAGCCAUCACGGACAGGGAAGUGUACCAGCUCGCUCAGAGGGCGUUUGUUUCGUGGGCGCGAAGCUACAUUGAACACCAAGCCUCUUCCAUCUUUCGCAUUUCUGACCUGGACUGGGUGGACCUAGCCCACGGCUACGGGCUGGUUGAACUCCCCAAGAUGCCGGAGAUCAAGGGCAAAAACAUUGACCGCUCCCUCGGCCUGGGCAUAGACGUGGAAGCCAUUCCGUUCAAGGACAAACUCCGCGAAGAGAAGAGAUUGGAAGAACUGGAAAAAUGGAAAAAGGAAAAGGCGGCUAGGGUGGCUAGCCAACAGGAAAAUGGGGAGCGGGCGGGGCAAAAGAGGAAGACGAACGAGGCUUGGAGUGAGAAGCAGGAUGCGGAGGAGCUAAAGGUGGCGAGGAGAGAAAAGAAGAGGAAGAGGAAAGAGGCGGAGAGGGCGAGCAAGAUGACGGAACGGGAAAGGGAGGAGCACAUGAAGCUGGAAGAUAUGAUUGAGCUUGUGAGGAAACAGAAUGAGGAGAAGGCUAGGCAAGAGGCGGAGGAGAGGAGGAAGGAGAGGGUGUUGGGGGGGGACGGGAAGACGUUUGGGGCUUUUGGGAAGGGUGGUGGUAGUGGUGGUGGGGUGAUGACGAAAAAGAAGAUGGUGGUGGGAGAGGAGGACAGUGAUGAGGAGGAGUUUGGCGGGUUUGACGAUUAA